CUGAGCCUGGACUGAAGGUCAGGGCAGGCAGAGGUAGAGGCUGUUCCCGGGCUCUUGGUGCUGAGAGUGUCGGUUCCAAAGCACCCAGACCCUCCUUCUGCAAAGACUCCUGAAGGUGGGUAGAGCUCACCCAGGACGCACCCAUUUCCUGCCCAGCGCCCUGUCUGAUACCUGCCUUCUGGCAGGCAGGCCUCCUCUCCUGCCUCACCCUCCUCUGGACUGGGUGGUCUCAGGUGUGGCCUGGUACAAGGAGGGGACUGAACGUGGUCAGGUCUCGCUAUCCUCCCGAGCUCCAUCCUGAACAGCAGGCUUUGGGGUCCCCCCUCCCCUGUGAGACCUUAUUUGUUGAGCAUGGGCUCAGAGCCUGGCCGGCAUCGUGCUGGGUACCUGCUCCUCCAUUCAGUUCUCAUCGAGUCCUCACAUUAUCCCAGGUUUGGGAUCAGGAAAUGGAGGCUCGGAGGGGUGAGGUGGCUUGCCCAAAGUCACACAGGAUUUAGGCCCAGAUCUCUCUGAUCCCAAGGGCAGUGAUUAUAAGUAGCCCGGGGAGACAGAGCCAGCCAGGAUGGUGGACAGAGGUGGGGGUCUAAGUUGGCCCCAGGCAAGACUGAGGGAGCUGAGUCCUUGGGGACCUAGGCAGAGGCAUUCAGCCGUUCCUUUUUGUGAUGCAUUUAUUCCACAUUCAUUGAGCACCAGCUGUGGUCCUGAGCUCCAAUGGGGAGAAAGCGCUCCCCUGCCCUUGAGGACAGUCUAUAAGGGAGGUUUUCUCCUCUCCUCAGUAGUGGGUCUGGGAGAGGGGCCCCAGAAAAGACCAGAACCUGGGCUGGGCUAGGGGACAGGACUGCUCAGCCCCCCAGGGCAAUUGUCCACCUUCCCUUCCUCCUGACUCAGCAUCAGUGCACUGUCUGGUUGGAGCUGGGGCUUCGGGCAGGGGCUGGAGUCAGGCGGGGCCUGUGAAGCAGUCCUGGCCAUCCGGUUCAGGGGUCACCCCCGUAGACUACAGAGCUCCUGCCCUGGAACCUGCUGUGGCUCCCCACUGCCCACAGGGCAGAACCUAAAUUCCCUAGUGUGACAUUUAAGGCUGAUCCCAGCCCGGCUCCAGCCUGCUGCCCUGGUAAGUUCUACCUAAGGGCCCCAGCUGUUUUCACUCCUCUGUGCCUUUGCAGGCUGUUCUUGUUGCUGUCACACCCUUCCUCUUGGGUGGUGCCUUCCCAGACUGCUGCCCGCCCCCCUCCCAGCGCUUUGCACAGGCUGGUUACCUGUCUGUACCCUCUACUUCCACCCCAGGGCAGGCCCAGCAAGAGCACAGAGUGGGACUGCCACCCCACUUCCUUCAGCCCUCUCCCCACACCUCAGUCCUCACUGAGGCCUUCCUGGCUGCAGUCACCCCCGACCUGCAUUUUGCAUCCUCUUCUCUGCUUUAUCAUCCUCUAGCAUAUUCCAUAUUUUAUCAUUUAGUGUAAUGAUGUCUUUCUCCCCCACGAGAAUGUUGGCUCCAUGAGGGUAGGCAGGGAGUUUGUCAUUUUGUUCAGAGUUCUGUGUCCCCUGUGUCCCCAAUGCCCUGGACAUUGCCUGGCACACAGCAAGCGCUCAGUAAGGAUUUGUCAGAUGAAGGGGCUCAUGGGCCUCUGAUGGGGAGCACUGUGGCUCCGCUGCCUGGGAACCCACUUCUCCCCCUACCCUUUGCAGCCUUCUCUCCUGUGGAGCUUGAAGCCGGACACCCUGGGGGCCAUGCAGAAGGCUGGGGCAGGGGGUCGGAGGGCCUCCGACUGUGGCCCUGGCCCCCACCGGCCCAGGUGCAUCACCAAGUUCGCCCAGCAGUAUGUGGGCUCCUUCCCAGUGGACGACCUGGACACCCAGGAGAGCGUGUGGCUGGUGCAACAACAGCUGUGGGCACUGAAGGACUGUCCCCGACGCCGGGCCGUCAUCCUGAAAUUCAGCCUUCAGGGCCUCAAGAUCUACAGCGGGGAGGGUGAGGUGCUCCUGAUGGCUCACGCCCUGAGGCGCGUCCUCUAUUCCACCUGGUGCCCAGCUGACUGCCAGUUUGCCUUCAUGGCCCGAAACCCGCGGAGCCCAGCCAGCAAGCUCUUCUGCCACCUCUUUGUGGGCAGCCAGCCUGGAGAGGUCCAGAUCUUGCACCUGCUGCUCUGCCGCUCCUUCCAGCUCGCUUACCUCUUGCAGCACCCCGAGGAGCGAGCACAGCCUGAGCCCUGCCUGGGGCCUGCAAGGGACGUGCUCCUGAAGCCACUGUCCAGCCCUGGGGGUCCCCCUGGCCUUGUACGGGAACCCUUUGGCCGUGAUCAGCUCUCACAGAACGUUCAUGCACUGGUCUCCUUCCGGCGGCUGCCAGCGGAGGGGCCUGUGGGCAGUGGGAAGGAGCUGCCAGAGUCGGAAAGCCGUGGAGUUGCCCGCCAUGCCCGCCUGGGGAAUCCCUACUGCUCGCCCACGCUGGUGCGCAAGAAGGCCAUUCGCAGCAAGGUGAUCCGCUCCGGGGCCUACCGUGGCUGCACCUAUGAGACCCAGCUGCAGCUGUCGGCGCGGGAGGCCUUUCCCGCUGCAUGGGAGGCGUGGCCUCGGGGUCCUGGUGGCCCCUCCUGCCUGGUGGAGAGCGAAGGCAGCCUGACAGAGAACAUCUGGGCCUUUGCUGGCAUCUCCAGGCCCAGUGCCCUCGCCCUGCUGCGGAGAGACGUGCUGGGGGCCUUCCUGCUGUGGCCGGAGCCGGGCGCCAGCGGCCAGUGGUGCCUGUCGGUGCGCACGCAGUGCGGCGUGGUGCCCCACCAGGUCUUCCGGAACCCCCUGGGCCGCUACUGCGUGGAGCACCUGCCGGCGGAGUUCCCCAGCCUGGAGGCCCUGGUGGAGCACCACGCAGGGACGGAGCGCAGCCUCUUCUGCUCCCUCGACGUGGGCCGCCUGAACCCCGGCUAUGAGGAGCAGGACUGCGGGCCCGAGGGCAGGCCUCCCCGGACACUCCGGCCCCUGGGCCAUGCCAAGUCGGAGGCAGAACUGCAGGGCCUGGGCUAGGAGGCCAGGCCUGACGUGAACAGGCCUGCCUCACCCUGGCUACUGGGCCUCAGCAGGCCGCUCUGCCGUCCUUCCACCCUACUGGUCGCCAGUUCCAUCCAGUCACUCUGCCCCUUGGACCAGUCUUCCAUCACUUCACUGCCUGUGGGGGGAGCCCUGAGAAUGGGGAUGCCAAUGGCUUCUCACAGGGCGUGUGGCCCGUCGAGGUUGCAGGAGGGGCAGCCAGAGCUCCAGGCUUCUCGGAACCUGCCAGCUGAGUCCGGAUGCCUGUCGUCUCUGGGCUUCACUUUACUCCUAGGAGGGGAGCUUUCUGAUGUGGGCUGGAAGGUGUGCUCACGAUGGAGGUGUAGCCGAG